CUUCAUGUGGUGCUCAAGUCCUGCAAGUACAAUGUUUUCCCAGACUGUGAACCGCAUAAAUAAAUUGUAAUAGUCUUAUCGUACGACACAAAAUUUUUAAAUUUUAUCUCUUUAAUUAUCACCAAUUUCGCUGCUCUUGCCUCACUAUAAAUGAUAUCAUUUCUUGCAUUUUAAAAAACUACACUUAAAACUUGACCAAAUCUUCAACUCUGAUGGUGUUGCUUUAUGAUAAAUCUGAUUAAAGACGCUGAGAAUUUAGGCUAUUAUGUCCAGAGAGGAUGAGGCCGUUUGUGCGGUGUGUGGCGUGACCGCGUCACAGAGGUGUGGCAGAUGCCACGUAACGCAUUACUGCAACAGAGAGCAUCAGCGGCAGCACUGGCAGCAGCAUAAGAAACUCUGCAAUCCUUAUGUUGUGGCCGAAAGUUCGACUCUUGGGCGUCACAUCCUUGCGUCCCGUGACUUGCAGCCUGGCGAGAUCAUACUGAAGGACCCGCCUCUUGUACUGGGGCCUCGGCAGGUGACGGUGGCGGUUUGCGUAGGAUGCAACUCCCCCGUAGACGGCACCUCCCAGUGCCCUCUGUGUGGAUGGCCCAUGUGCUCCCCAGAGUGCAGCCUGGUGGAACGACAUCUUCCGGAGUGUCAAUAUACGCAGCAAAACAGACGAUCUAAAGUUGUCAUAACUGAAUUCUUCGUCUUGAACGCCAUGUACGAGUGUAUAACGCCCCUUCGAUGUCUCGCCUUGAGGAAGGAUGCUAAACGCUGGCAAACUUUAAUGGCAAUGGAGUCGCAUAUCGAAGAACGCAAGCAAUCCAAAGCUACAGAUCUCGACAAGUCAAACGUGAUCGACUUUAUCCGAGGCUAUCUCAAAUACAACGAUUUUAAUUACGAAGAUCUUUACAGGAUUUGCGGGAUUCUGGAAGUCAAUGGGUUUGAGAUCCCUGGUCCUAACUUGGUAGGCUUAUAUGGUAAGGCAUGUCUUUUGGAGCACUCGUGCGUAGCCAACUCGACGAGGACAUUUGAUGCAGAAAUGAAUGUCAUAGUUCGAGCUGCGGUUGCCAUCAAGAAGGGUGACCACAUCAGCACCUCCUACACCGACCCCAUGUGGGGCACAGCAAGCAGACAACAGCACCUCACCACCACGAAGUACUUUGCUUGCCGCUGCGUGAGAUGCAGCGAUCCCACUGAGCUCGGGACUCAUUUCGGUUCUCUGAAAUGCUCUCAAUGCGGCGGGUUGAUUCCUCCUAAUUUGACGCCGGACUCAAAUUGGUCUUGUCCAAGCUGUGAAGCCAUCAUUCCUCAUGCAGACGCUGAGGAGAUACUCAGAGUUUGGGGUACUAAACUAACAUCACUUCGGGGCAACAUCAGCGAGUCAGAACAUUUCCUGGAAUUGAGCAAGGAGAUAUUAGCCGAAAAUCAUCAUUAUAGGGUGGAUGUGAAAUUGGCGCUCGUGCAGUUGCUCGGUGCGCAAAUUGAUUCGUCUUCAAAAAGUGAUGCUGAGAAAUUGCUCAAGAGGAAAAUUCAGUUGGGCAAGGAAAGCAUAGACAUCAUUGAUGCCUUACUACCAGGCCUGGCCCGAUUGCGUGGUAUGGUGCAGUUCGAAGUAGGAACUUCAUUUUUCGAGCUUUACAAGAUGCAAGACAAACAACACCGCAGUUCGCCUCAAGUUCUGCCACUGCUUCAGGAGGCCUGCACGCGGCUGCAGGAUGCCCACACCAUCCUUGCUAUGGAGUCCCCGUUGCAAGAGGAAUACAAAAUGGCGCGACAAGCGGCAGCGUUGCUUACAAUGAUCAAACAAGCCUUCAAAAAAUGCAAAAGAAAAUAAAUUUAUCAAUUAUGUGGAGCUUUAAAGCAUAUUUUCGUCCUUAAAAUACUGCUCAAAAUUGUUUAAAGAUUAGUUUGGGAAAUUACAGGUAUAUGGGUUGUGGUUGAAUGAAUUUCAUUUUGUGAGAAGAGAUACUGGGUUUUGCUUGGGUUCGAAACUAACAUAAUCGGAAUUCCAGUUGUGUAACCGCCUUUACUUUGCCAAAUAAAAUUGAAUCAUCCUCCUGA